AUGGCCGUCCCGCCGGCAUAUCUAGAGUCCCUGCCCUACAUCGACACGGAGCCCUCCCCCGAGGCCCUCGCCGCAGCCCGCACCCUCAUCUCCGCCGAGCAAGCCUCCUCCUCCUCCUCCUCUGAACAAUCCUCCCUCCCACCCCUCCGCGAACCCUCCUUCUCCCCCGCCCUCACCACCGAGCUCUCACGCGUCGCCUCCUCCACCCCCCUGCAGCCCCUCUCCCUCUCCCGCUACGAGGCCCAGGAGCUCCCCCCCGCUCCCGCCGCUCCAUCCACCACGACGAGCAAGUCGACGCGCCGCACCCGCCGCGGCUCCGCCUCAUCCUCCUCUGCUUCCGCAGCCGCGGCCGCAAUCACAUCCUCGUACGUCAACGACGACCUCCGCCCCGUCCUCUCCAACGCCUACGUAUCCGCCGCCUACCUCGCUGCCCGCAACCAGAACCUCGCCCUCCUCGACCGCCACGGCGCAAACGCCUGGCUCGUCUCGAAUUACCACCUCGAGCAGUCGCUCCGCGCCGUCGAGCGCGACCUCGCCGGCGUCAAGCGCGACAUCGACCUCGUCAACGCCGCCAGGCAGCGCCGGCAGGAGGACGUCCGCGCAGAGAUGCUCAUGCUCGAGGAGUCGUGGCGCAAGGGCGUCGGCAAGGUCCUCGAGACCGAGGUCGCCGUCGAGGAGCUCAAGGCGCAGGUCCGCGAAGAGCUCAAGAACCAGAGCGCCCAGCAGCAUUCAUGA